AUCCCAUCCAUCUUCUCUUCUCUCGCUUGACAACCUACACCAGCUACUCGAUCAUUGACCAUCUCCAAACAAAACACAACCACACCACCGCCACAAUGUCCCUCCGCAUAGCCCCGCCAGCCGCCCACCCAACCUCAACGAGCAACACGACGACCCGCACGCCCGCCGCGCUCACCCUCCCGCACCCGUCGAACGGCGCCCCCUCAGCCCCGGGCCUCCCCGACACGCUCCGGAACAACCUGACGCUGCCGGCGGCGCGGGGCCCGCCGUCGGCGCAGACGGCGACGCCCAGCUCGGCCCACCCGCUCGAGGCGCGCCUGCUGGCGUGGCGGGCGACCCAGGAGGCGCUGAAGAUGGAGUCGCUGCGGCGGGCGUACGGCAUCGCCGAGCCCAUCCGCCGCGGCAUGGAGCUGAAGAUCGUGCGGGAUGGGUCGUUCCGCCCCGCCGUCAUGGGGGGUACGCAGAACGUGCACGAGGACAUCUUGGUGCUUGGCGGACGGGAUACCGAGGUCGGGUGGGAGGAUAUCUUUAAGGGUAGGUCCUUUGCUUUUGCUUUUUCUUUUCUGUCGUGGUGGGGCGAUGAGUUCCGUGAACCCCCGACUUUCCAUGAUGAGAUGGAGAAGAGAUUGCGGAUGGAUUAGAGCAUAGAUCGGGUUGAUCGGGUUGACGGUUGAGGGUAUUCGUGCUAUGGUAUCGUUUUUUUUAUAGGUUUCUAUGUUCUUUUAACGGUUCUACUGAAUGGGAUGGUGUUUCAUAUUAUAAAUGAGGAGGUGGAGCAGUCAGCGUUGGUGGCAGCAGCCUCUCAGACAGUAGAAAAUGGACUAGCAACAACCCAUAUACCCAUAGGUCUGC